AGUGUAGCCUGAAGGACACUUCCCCAAAACAGUAGUGAUAUGUGUUAUAUAUUAAUUGGUUCCAGAAUGUUUGGCACUUCAUGCCUGUGCAAAGGAAGUGUAAUUUACACCCAAGCCGGAGGCAACAGGAAAAACAGCCAACAUAAACAUGGAAGACAGGUGAAAGAUGGCACAGAUCCUGUGAAGUUGUAGGAGACUUCCUGACAUCCUGGUUACCAUGACACCCAGCAGAGGACUAUGGGAAUAAAGUGGGAAUUCCUUCUUUUCCCUUAAUAAUACUAAAGACCAUGGCUGGGACUUGUCCAAGGUGUUGACAUCAUGGGGAGUUGUUGUAGCUGCCUGUGCAAAGACAGUAUUCCAGACAACCACCCUACAAAGUUUAAGGUGACAAAUGUUGAUGAUGAAGGCAGUGAGCUGGGCUCAGGGAUUAUGGAGCUGACGCAGAGGGAACUUGUUUUGCACACGCAGAAACGUGAUGCUGUCCGGUGGCCAUACCUUUGCUUGCGCCGGUAUGGCUAUGACUCCAACCUCUUUUCCUUUGAGAGUGGACGUCGCUGUCAGACAGGACAAGGAAUUUUUGCAUUCAAGUGUUCACGAGCUGAGGAGAUUUUUAACUUGCUGCAGGACCUGAUGCAGUGUAACAGUAUCAGUGUGGUUGAGGAGCCUGUUGUCAUCACAAGAAGUAGUCAUCCUGCUGAACUGGAACUGACUCGGACACCCCAGACACCCAACACGGUAGGAUAUACUGUUCCAGGAUAUCCCAAUGGAUUCCACAACUUUCCUGGGGAGGCCUCAUCUUGCCCUGCUGCCCGACAUCCCUCCAUGAGCAGCCUACGCCAUUCCUCAGUUAGUGAGGACUCUACACAUGCCCUAAUUGUCCCUGAUGAGCAAUCCCACACCUAUGUGAACACAGGCAGCGGUGAGGGAGAGAGGAGGGGCCACCACUGCAUGCACUCUUUGCCUGAAAUCCACCCUGCUGUGCCCCACUCCAACCACAGUUGUUCCCUGGAGGAUCGGAACCCCCAAGUCUACCUACAGCCAGGCGAGGUGAAAUUUGUCCUGGGACCUGCCCCAGGUUACAGGCACAUGAUGAAAUGUGAUGGCUUCUGCCGACCCCACUGGGAGUGUGCAGGACACAUCUGCACCCCUAACAAUAACAAUGAGUGCAAAAAUGAGUGCUUCACACCCAAGUGUGUGUACGAAAAUGUCAAUGGUCUCCUGCCUUCUCGAGGAACCUUGCUUCGUCGUGGGGGCAGUGGGCGUUUGAAAAUUGCCCGAGAAAACCUGAAUCCCCACAGUUGCUCUCAUCGCCGAACCACCCUAUUGCACUAUGAGAAUUUGCCCGCACUGCCACCUGUGUGGGAAUGCCAGCCACUGAGGCAGGACCAGGAUGAGGAGGACUCUGGCGAUGCAAUGACCCCUUCCCCCAAUGGUUAUCCUGAGCUUGAGGAAGAUGACCCUUUACAAAACUACAUGAAUUCGGAAAGUGCUGCCCUGCGCGGGGGCUUGCGCAGGGAGAAUUGUGUGCAACGGCGCUGCAGUGGUGCACCCAGCAUCUUCAGUUUUGACUUCCGCCGGCCUUGUUUGGAGCAGCCAAGGCAGCUCAAUUAUAUCCAGGUGGAACUGGAAGAUGACCCUCACAAAGGGCGCCAAAGCACACCAGUCCCCCGGACCCCGCUUUCUGCUCCUCAACCCGCCCGCAGGACAGAUUCCUAUGCGGUCAUUGACCUUAAAAAAACAGCAGCCAUGUCUAAUUUGCAAAGGGCACUGCCUAGGGAUGAUGGGACUUCCAGGAAAACUCGGCAUAACAGCACUGACCUGCCUGUGUAAGAGGAAAGCCCAGCCCAAGUACCGUAUUGUGGCUUUUGUAUCUGUACUUCAAUGAAUCAUGUAGUGUGUCAUCUUUUCAUCAUACCCAUGUUUCUCAGUGUGACAAACUGGGUUAUCUCCAUCAAGCUAACUUGAGAAAUGUAGCCUAUUUGUGCCUCUUCCCAACUCCCAUUUUUCCUGCCAUGUAGUUUUUGAAGCCUUGCGAAGUGCUUGAAAACUUGACACAUUUGCUAGUGAGGAGGGUGGUGGCCAUGAUGCCACUGGCUGUUUCCCUCCAGCUUUAUGUAGGUGUAGGUAGCGUACUUUGAAACUCUCCCUUCUGGUUUUGAUUUAGUUCUUUUGAGGACCCUUUGAGUGAAACCUAUUCAGUUGGGAAAGCAUGGAAACAUUACAGAGGAAGGAGCAGUUGGGGGAAGCACCCUAUAUGAUACCGGCACUGAGUUUCUCUUUUUUAUUUUUGAAGGUGUGCAGAAGUGUUACAUGUGUUAUUUAUUUGUUUAUUUAUAUUUCAGCCAGCCUUUAUUUAUUUAUUUAUUUAUUUAUUUAUGCAUCACAAGUUGAAGUGCCAAUCCAGUGCAAAGUGUUAACUGUUUGCUGCUAAUUAUUUUCUCCCCGAGAGAGGGAGGAGUGCUGAGAGGAGAGUCUCGCAUCACCGGCUAUUCAUUUGGCAGCGCCUGCUGAAAACCAAAAGGGAGCAGAAGGAAGAAGGGAGAUGUGGCCUGCUGGUAGCUGAAUCCUUUGCAGUAGUUUGGAAAUUAGUGCCUGGCAUUUGUCAAAAGGUAGAUGUUUCAAGAGGGUAGAGUGUCUUGCUCAGAUGAAAGAAUUCACCUUGUUCUGUGCCACCCACCCACAGAAAUUGUCUUUUUCAUUUGCUAAGUGGAAUGCAAAGACAGUAGAAUGUCGUAGUGCCAUCCAGAACCCCUAUCCGCUCCAGAUCACACAGCUAGAUUCCCAGGCCUUGCAACAUAAAUUCAAGGCUGUCCAAGUUCUUUGAGAUCAGGGAUUGUCCUAGCUCCAUGCACAGAUAACGACAGCAGCACAUGCAAACAACCCCACCUCUUUGCUCCUCUCUCAUUAUACUCCUUUCUCCAGCUUCACAGCAAGAAAGAGUGGUUUGAUUUCAAAUCCUAACAAAGCCCCAGGAAGAUGUUGCCACCAUGGGACAUGCUGCCACUAUGGCAGCUUGGCAAAUUAUCUUGAAGAAACAAGCACUUUUUUGCCAUGCCAGGGAGAGGAUGUGGGCUGAAUGCUUUGUUGAUUUAAUUUGGAGGUUCUUUCCCUCCACUUUGUACAUGACAUCUUGAGCACUGAGCCUGCUUUGAAUGCACUCUCCCUCCCUCUCUCUCACACACCUUUUCAGGUGGGCACACAGACUGUCAAGCUGAAUUGAGCUUGGGCGCAGCUGUUUUGAAUGCAAACAGGCUGUGCAGAGUACUGAUUGGCUUCCCCUUCUGCCAACUGCAAAAUCACCACCCUUCCUGCAUCCAGAAUUCCAGGUUGCCAUAACAUGCCAUAAAUGUUUUUGCAUAAAGAAGAUUCUAAGCUACCUACCUAUAUAUCCCUGCCCUGUAAAAGUGAGGAGGAGCUCAUUGUUUUUACAGUCAUUGAAUAUAUAUAAAAUAUAUAUAUAUAUAUAUAUAUAUAUAUAUAUAUAUAUAUAUAAAAAUCUGGCUGAAGCAAGGGAAGGCAGCUAACAUCCAUUCAUGUUGGAGUCAAACCCAGGUACUUCUGACCGUAGCGGAGUGGUGACAGGGACUGUAGAUCUCACCCCACACCUGAAAAAAUAGUUCUUGUGAAAAGAUAAUCAGUAUGUGCCCUUAUGUUUAGCUUCAGUUCCAGCAAUCUGGCAGCCUAUGUGCCCUUAUGUUCAGUUCCAGCAAUCUGGCAGCCCCUCCACACAUAGUACUUUUAUGAAUUCUCUGGUGGUUCCCAACAUGCUUGAGAUUGUGAAUCAGCUUCAAGAUUAGAGCUAUGAUUUUUGCAUUACUUUAUUGAUGAGUAAGGCUUGUCUAUCUGUGGCUGUCAGAGAUGCUUUAGACUAAAAAUAACCCUAUCACAGGGAAUGUGCAUACAGCAGUUUCUUCUUGCUACUGCUAUUCUGUCUGAGACAGCCCUUCCAAGAAUAAUUACAGCUGCCUUACAGAUGAGUAUUAAGCCUGCCCUGAGAAACUGUUUGGCUCUUACUGUUGUGCUAGAAAAAUGCGCCAUAUAUGAAGCAAACUUUUACAGGAUCAGGAACUCUUUUGGUAUCAGGUUGCAAUCUCCUAGCCCUCCUCCUGACCCCAAGGAGGGUACCAGCACCUGGCUUAACAGGUUACUAGUGCACUGUUUUCCAAUGAAGGUAUUUUGCUGUCACUAAUUUGUGCCUUCCAUUCUUCCCACCUCGUCCAUAUUUAAUCUUUGUUGUAAAAUGGAAUUCAGCUUUAUAUGUUUUUCACUGAAAAUAUUUUUAUUUGAAAAUGAACAGCUGGAAUUUUAUUUGUAAUGCAUUUUUUUCCAAAGACCCCAGAUGGGGUAAGGAUGCUUAAAACAGAAAGCUCAAUUAAACCAUCAGUCUAAAAUAUUCACAGGCACAUACUGUGCUCCACAGUCUCCCUAGAGCCAAUCAUUUAAGUCUGUUCAAACAAGAAGAGCUUUUGGAAACUGAGAAGUUGAAUGGAAAUUGAAUGCUGGCAAGUUUCUAGAACAAUGCUUCUUAAAUUUUUCGUUGCACAUUACUGUUCUAAUUGGACUGUUCUUUGGGAAUAACCACAGUUUUUUCUCUUAUGGUCUCCAUGUGAGAAACUGCUUGAAAGAUGCUGCUUAACUCCUAUAAUCUACUUGAGUUGUAUUGUGUACUCAAAACAAAAUAACUGUGUGAGGUAAAGGUCAAGUGGGGAGCAUUGUUAGAUAGCAGGAAGGUGUUCUUUGAUGUAUGCGUGCUCCAUGUCCUAGCAAUGUUGGUCAGACAGUACAUUGAGAUUCUGGACUUUUUUACAUUGUAGCUGUCCCAUAGAAGGCCACUCAGAAGGCUUGCAUGUAGUGUGUAGUGUGGCUCUUCCACACAGCUUCUCCAACACUGCAAACAGCUUUAGUAGUACUGCUAAAGUUGUUUCUGUUGUGUUCUUGCAGAGUACAGCUUAAGAAUUGCUGCUCAUAAGAAAGAGAGAGCCACAAUUAGAACACCAUUCUCUAUACUCUGUGUGUAUGAUAAUAUAGGCAAGAAGGUGCUCUGGUAAAAUCUUUUAAGAUCAUGAUGGAGUGUAAUGAGACAUUUGGUGAAUAUAUAUGGACCCAACUUGAGAUUUCUUUGAGCUAAUAAGUUACGUGUAUGAAAAUUCCUCACAGCGUGUGUUUUUAUUAAAAGACUUCAGUGGCUGCCUUUCAAUAUUGACAGUAAGCCAAA